CUCUCUCAAACAUAGUGUCCUCCAUCAAUGGCGGCCAACAUAUUCACUCAAAGCCCUAAUUACUCUCCAUUUCUAAUCGGAGACAAAGUUCCUCAGCAGAAACACAAUCUUGGCCAUAUCUCUUUCUCAGACAACACCUCUAAUAAAAAGCUUGUAACCUCUUCUUCUAUAAUGGCCCCACCGCUUCCAUCUUCUUCUCCACUCGCUCCUCCUCCUCCUUCUUCUUCUUCUUCUUCUUCUAUGCUUUCUCGAGCACCAGCAUCAUCUCUUCCGUUGUCUAGAGUAUGGAGAGAGAUACAAGGAAGCAAUAACUGGGAGAAUCUAAUUGACCCUUUAAGCCCUAUUCUCCAACAAGAGAUCACUCGCUACGGGAACUUACUCUCCGCUUCUUACAAAGGUUUUGAUCUAAACCCUAACUCCAAACGUUACUUGAACUGCAAGUAUGGAAAGAAAAGUCUGCUUAAAGAAUCCGGAAUCCAUGACCCAGAUGGCUACCAAGUCACCAAGUACAUCUACGCCACACCUGACAUCAACAUCAACCCUAUCCAGAACGAGCCUAGUCGGGCACGUUGGAUAGGGUACGUAGCGGUUUCUUCUGAUGACUCGGUGAAACGUUUGGGGAGGAGGGAUAUUGUGGUGACGUUUCGUGGGACUGUGACCAACCCUGAAUGGAUGGCUAACCUAAUGAGCUCCUUGACUCCAGCUAGGCUUGAUCCUCAUAGCCCUCGUUCUGAUGUGAAAGUUGAAUCUGGCUUCUUGAGUUUAUACACAUCAUGCGAGAGCGAGACCAAGUUCGGGCUAGAAAGCUGCCGUGAGCAGCUUCUCUCCGAGAUCUCGAGGCUUCUCAACAAGUACAAAGGCGAGGAAAUGAGCAUAACGCUUGCAGGACAUAGUAUGGGGAGUUCUCUAGCUCACCUUCUAGCUUACGACAUAGCAGAACUCGGUAUGAACAAGAGAAGAGGUCAAAAAGAUGUUCCAGUGACUGUCUUUUCCUUCGCGGGUCCGAGGGUUGGUAACUUGGGGUUUAAAGAACGGUGUGAGGAGCUAGGAGUUAAGGUCUUGAGGAUCACGAAUGUAAACGAUCCGAUCACGAAACUCCCUGGUUUCUUGUUCAACGAGAAUUUUAGGGCGUUAGGUGGCGUUUACGAGCUUCCUUGGAGCUGUUCUUGCUACACUCACGUGGGAGUCGAACUCACGCUCGAUUUCUUCGACGUUCAAAACAUUUCUUGCGUCCACGACCUAGACACUUACAUCAGUUUAGUGAACCGUCCGAAACUCUCGAAGUCUACGGUUACAGAAGACAAUUUUGGCAGCAAUUUUUUCAACAAAACAAGUGACAUGAUGUUCCCUAAAGGACAACGUCGAGCGUUGCGGUUAAGAAACGCAGCGACCCAAGCGGCGUAUCUUAUUGGGUCUGUAUCCAAUCAUAUGAUGUACUGUAAUAUAUUUUAGGUCUAGAUAAAUUUUGGGUCUUUUUUAAGAUAGCUAGGUAAAAACAAGUAUAGCCCUAUCUUUUACGUAGCUGGUACAAUGUACAGAUUUUCAUAUGCAAAACCUAAUAUUGUUUGCAUAUGUAUUCAGUAAUCAGUAUAUAUACACGGUGUUGUGAUUAGUAUUUA